CCCCCUCUCCCGCCCUCCCCCUGCCCCCUUUCGCCCCCGCUCCGCGCAGCCAUGUCUCUUUCAAGCCCGGUGGUCCGCUCGGCGCCUGGCAGCUGCACCGACCAGUGCGAGUACCAGGGCGCCUGUCGUCCGGAUCUGGAUCUGCUGUCCUCCUCCUGUCUUGAGGCCCGCCUCAGUGCACUCAACAACCUGGACCUGUCGGACCGCACGGACUCCUCGAUGCCUCCGUGCGGCAGCGCCGACGAGGCCACCAUCCCGGCCGAGGUGCUGGCCGAGGUGGCCGCGCGGGCCCCGCACCCGCGGCACUCGCAGAAGCUGCACGCGGCCGACGAAUGCUGGGUCGACCCGCCGGUGCGGGUCAUCGACCACGGGGACAGCCGCGGCCGGGCGGUGGUCGCCACACGGGCCAUCCCCGCCGGGGCGGUGUUCUUCCGGUCGCGCGCCUACACGGUGACCGUGGCCCAAGAGUGGCUGCAAAAUGUCUGUGUCUACUGCCAGGCCUUCACCCCGACGGCGCGCAUGCCGGUCCGGUGCGAGCUCCCGCAGGAGGUCCUGCCGGAGUCGUCCUCCGGCAAGGGCCGGGCCCGGCGCCAGGGCCCCCUCAUCAUCGGCUGCCAGUGCACGUAUUACUGCUCGGCCCGCUGCCGGGAGAUGGAUCUCCCCCGGCACGCGCUCGAGUGCGGGGCCCUCGGCAUGGUCCAUCGCGAGUACAAGAACCUGCAGGCCGUGCGCCAGGGGCAUCUCAUGAAGACGCAGGCGCGCUUCCUGGCCAGCGUCUACUCGCGCAAGCGCUCCCUCAUCAUGGAGUACGGGGAUGCGGCGCGUGUCCCGGCCUCCGGGCCGGACCGUGGCAUUGUUCCCCUGGAGGAGAUCAACCAGCACCUCGCCGACAGCGCCACCGGUGCCAUGCCCACCAACAAGGACCUCUACUCGCUGACCACCAACCUGUCGGCCUACAAGAAUGACGAGGCCACCAUCUUCUUCUGGAAGACAAUCGUGGUCUUCCUGCGCAAGGUCCUGCCUGCUUCCUUCAUCGACGAUACGGACGACGAGGUGCUGGAGGUCCUCUGCCGGGCCGAGUGCAACUCCUUCGGCUUCUGGGACGAUGGCGAGGAGCUCUACUCGUAUGGCGUCUUCCCGGAUGCCUCCUACUUCAACCACAGCUGCGCGCCGAACGCCUACAAAUUCACUCGCGGCCGCGACGUCUUCUUCCGCGCGCUGCGCACCAUCGAGGAGGGCGAGGAGGUGAACAUCUCGUACAUCUUGAUCUCCGAUGCCUUCGAGAACCGGCAGAAGUACCUCUCCGAGUACUAUUGCUUCCAGUGCGGCUGCCCCCGGUGCAAGCUCGGUCCGCUGCCGAUUGAUCAGGACGAGUUCCGGCUGCGCUUCUGGCACGGCCUGUGCGAUGGGUUCCUCUUCCGCUGCGAGGCGUCCCCCACCAACCCGCGAGCCAUCUACUGCUCCAAGUGCGGCAUGGUAUCCGAAUCCGGGGAUCUGACCCUGCCGGCCCUCCCGUGCACCGGGCUGAUGAAGCCCCGGUCGGCCGGCCUGGCCGAGAAGUAUGACUGCCCGACGGAUGCCUGCCCGCCGGUGUGCCUGCAGGCCGGGCAGGAGGCCGCCGGCGCCACCGCCGCCGGGGGGCAAGUGGCCACCCCGGACCCGGAGGGCCGGCCUUCGGUGUACGACACCCGCGGGCUGGCGCCGCCCGAGCGCCACGUCGCCACCAGCCUCGUGAUUCCGGUGCAGCCGGACGGCGCCCGGCCGCCGAGCCCGGACAAUUCCUCCCUCCGGGACCUGAAGAUGGACUCCUGGCUCGGGACCCUGGAGGAGUGCCUGGCGCCGGAGCGCGAAUGAGCGGGGCCCGCCCGAGAGGCGCCGGUGUGUGUGUGUGUGUGUGU